AUGGGAAAACCCUUCGAAAAGGUUCAUGUCCGCGUGCUCGGUUCAUUUGAAAAUGCUGCCAAAAUUCCCGGUUGGCUGAAAGCGAACGGUGGGAAGUACCACCGAUCCUUCAACAGCCAGAUUACACAUUUGAUUGUGACCGAGGAAGUUUAUCUCCAGAAUGGUGCAGAAGUUGAAAAAGCUAAGAAGUCGGGGAAAAUCAAAAUUGUCUCUUUUGACUGGCUCGAGGACUCUCUCCUGUCCCAUUCCAAGCGGCCGAAGCCAGAGAAAGCGUUUCUCUGGUCUACCCUUCUGAGAGAAAGUGCAGGGGCUACGACUAAAAAGCCGAUUAAGGAUCCUUUUGCGAAUAAAGUCACGAAGAAUACCCCCGGAAGAAGAAAGGGCAAAGCGGCAGCCAAAGAUCAGAUUUUCAUGGACCCUGUUACUGGGGAGACGUGGGAUGCAGAGCUAGUUCGUCAAAAUGCGCCCCCAAAACCACGAAGCAAAUUGCGGGUUGGAAUUUUCCAGUCAUACUCUACGCCAGCCACCUACUCCACCUACGUCAAGUAUAGCCAAGUCGGCAAAUCCUACGUCGAUGUCUUGGCGCCCCAAAAACGGGAUAAGGCGCCCGCUAUCAAGGCUUUCAAAGAGUUCUUCCAUGCCCAAACUGGCAAGCAAUGGGAUGAUCGGGCUGAUGGACAGAUGCCAGCCCCGAAGGUCGACAAACAGGGCAACCGCCUGUCCGGCCAUGAGGGCUGGUAUGUGUAUGAGGAUAAAUCCAGUAUCUUCUCGAACUGGAUGAAAUCUUAUCAGCCACCGACCUCUGCCGUAGAAGGGCUUACUGGUUCGACGGAAGUUGCCGGUCUUUGA